AUGGCAAAAGGAGAUGAUGGUCACUCUCGGCCUUUACCUCUUGUACAGACAUUCGAUGCUGCGACUGCCAAGGUCAAUGAUAUCGUGGCAGCUCUGAUGAGAACUGGUGGCUGCGUCCUCAAGGGUGCCAUAGCCGCCGAGGAUCUAGCCCAGAUCGAAAAAGGACACCCGCACCUACAUCCAGGGCGAUGGCGCUUGGGCUAG